AUGGCAGGAUCUCUGCUACGUCGGCUUAUAAGCUCGAAUCGCCCGAAGGCGAACAACGACUGCGACGGGGCCGAUUCUUGCGACAAUGAUGAUGAUCGAUCUACCAAGACACCUUCAGAAAAGAAGCAGCGCACGCAAUCAUGGGUUCCGGCCAGCAAAAAGAAACACUCCUCGACCGUUCCCAUCGAUAUCCGGAGGGUCCACAGCAUCCACCGAGUCUCGAGUCCAUUGCCUCACGUUGCCGUCGGCAGUCGUCCAUAUUCUUCCUCGCACACCUCGCUGCCCGGCUCAACGGCGCAGGAAGACGUCAUCGUUGGGACCCCGCCGCAACACAGAAGGGCUGCGUCCACUCUUUGUCUCCCUGAUCAAGGGCGAAUCAACCGACAUUCCCUUACACCCCAACCACCUUCACGACCAAUGGAUAGACUGCUCAGCUCUCCGGAUGAGGAAGUUCUUUUGAGUCAGACUCAUUUGAGGCCAUCGCUCUCUUUGUCCGUUCCUGGCGUUGAACAUCCCGAAUCCAGGCUUCAUUGCCAUGUGUCACUCGACAAAGAAAGUCCAACAGGGUCAAUGAUCGUCGACGAAAAUUUAAUAUUGGAGACUGAGGAAGCCUUCAAAGCCGUUGGAAGCGCCCUACAGGAUAUCAGACCUACAUCGCAAACAUAUGAGCAACUACCAACAUCUACACAAACAUCUACACAUACAUCUACUUUACCACUUCCUCUAUCACUCACGUACAAGCAUUCGCAAUCGAUGCCUUUGCCGUUGAGAUAUAACAAGGACCUGAGGUCGUCCCCAUGUCACUUAUCAUCAUCACCAGCAAGGAAGGCCUCGGUCAAGAAACCAAGAAAGAAGGAGGCCACUCUGAAGUCCUCGUUCAGUGCGCCCCGUCAGAGAAAGUCUUUGAUUCAUGGUUCACGAUGGGCCCUGUCAGGGAAUGUGACAGACAUUCUUACCGGCCAGCGCUUCAAGCGCAUCGAAGCCGACGAGAUGCUAACACCAGAGCGUCUCGAACUAUUAAAGAUUAGGCGGGAAAAGGCACGGUUAGAAAAGGAGAAGGAGGAGGAGAAGCUGCUGAAGGCUCGAGAAUCAACCGAAUUGACUUGCAGUCUAAGUUUGGAUAGUCCUGACACCCCCAUCGAGCCGUUUCACCUCCAGGACCUACCAUUGCGGAUUGGGGCGGCAGGAGUAGAAGCGAUGACAACCUUUGUGGAACCAAUACCCCCUUCCGUCCUCUCUGAUCAGGAUGUCACCCACGAAGACUUUUCGAUUCGUAUCGAUGCGCCAGAGAACAAGGGGUCCUUGGAGAGCCCCGAAGAGAACGAUACUUGGCUCACUGCGGAGACUCCUAUUCCUCCACCGCCACCCAAAAACCCUGCGCGAUUUGGAACGCCACCGCAUCUGAGACCAUUACCACCACUACCUAAAACGAAGACGGCAACUCGACCCAAGGCGCCACUGAAGGCUCCAAAGAGGGUCCGAGACCAGUGUGAACCCAACUUGAAAGCCGAGGAAAAAGAUGGAGUCCUGUAUCUCAAGAGUACCCCGUUCACGUUGACGCAACCGCAAUUUCGACAUGGCUCUAUAACCUUGCCCAAGGCCGAGGCGCACCAGACCGUGGCAAUGGACGAUACACUUGACUGGACGGCGUUCCAGAUGGCCAUCCUGUGUGGUGCCGGAGACUUGUUCCAGGAUUUGACUAUUGAGGAGGAUGCCAAACAGGUCGAGGAUAUCACGACUUGGUUCGACUCGUUCGGCUUCGAGACGUAUGGAGAGAUGAUCCCGGAGGAUGUGCCUGCGCUGUCCUUCCGAACCUCGUCUCAGAGCACCAUCUCAUCGACUCCCUCGACGAUAGAUAUGGACAUGGAUCUCCCCAUCCCAGUGGGGUCUGAGUACCCGUCUGGGUUCUGGAACGAUUCUUCAUCCGGACAAUGUGCCAGCAAAGAAAAAUUCUACAGCAAUUCGGGACUGAAGCGCUGGAUGGGCGAGGGCCGGCCGAAAAAAUAUACAUCACGCAGCUCAAUGGACAGCCUGCCACCAAGCCCGAUGCUGCCGUUGGUGAUGUCGGUGGGAGAUAUAAGUGGCGAUGAGGCGGCGGAGCCGGUACCGAUGGGAUACAACCUGCAUCAUGACUUGGGAGACUUUUUGAGAUGGGAGGCGGAGAACGUCUGGGUAAAUGGGUUCUGCGACUCGCCUUGA